AUGGAUGCCCUGAAUGUGCUUCUUGAUGGCGCGGAGAUCCCCGCUUCAGACGAUGGGGCGGUUGAGUCGUUUCUGAUGUCAAAAUUGCAGUCGAAGGACUCAUACGACGCAUAUUUUACCUCAUUGCCGCUGCAGGGCAGUAUAGUGGAGGAUAUAGCAGAGGUCCAGGCACAACUUUCGGUUUUGGAACGUGAACUGCGAAGCGAGCUUGUUCAGAAUAAGGAAGAGGUCUGCGACUCUCUGAGCAACCAGGAUAUAGAACUUCAAUUGGACUUGAUACUUGAGCAGAUUGACCAAUUGUGGGAGCUGGAAAACCCUGAACUGCCAGCAGCAGAAGCUCCUGACGUUUUUGCGUCAUUACAAAUGCCCAGUAACGAGCGGGCCUCCAAGGGAAUGGACGAGUUCCAAGUGGCCUUGCAGAAACUGAAACAACAAGCUCGUGAUGAGACCGGGCGAAACUCUGACACAAAACGCGACAACUUGGGACUUGUACUGACCAACUGGAAUGCAUUAAAUGAGCUCCUCGAGCUACCGACUCUGGCGAGCACGUGUAUCAAGACCGGCCACUACCAGGAAGCCCUCCUGUGUCACUCGCAUGCUCGUAGUCUGGUGUACAAAUUUCCCGCAGUUAGCAUAAUCCGCCACAUUGCAGAUGCCAUCUCUCACGAAGUCAGAACGACAAUGCUUCAGGGACUGGUCAAGAUGCUACAGCAGAAUAUAAGCGCUAACCCAAUGAAAAAGAUACUGACGUAUUUGCUGUCCAUUCCGCCAUUUGACACCAACCCUCAAGCGUUGCUUCAGGUCUUUCUGACUAUGCGCUACAAGUUUGUUUGUGCCGAGAUGGACUCAUUUUCGAUCACAGAGCUCGCCAACGAAACCAUGGGCGAACUCCUGGUCAAGCGGAAGAUCGAGGCGUUUCGCGAACACGUUUUUAACGCAAUAAGCAUUCUACAGAUACAAUCAGAAGCGUUCAACCUCAAGUCCUAUGAAGAAGCCAGUAUUUCCAUUCCGCUGCUUGGGGAACCAAGGAAAGCUAUACAUACCAAUCCACUAAUCCUUAUGUUCGUGGAAACAUGCUGCGACGCCUUGAUCGCAUCUUUACGGUCUCAUCAAUCAUUUCUAUCGGUCUCUGUGUGCUUGCAGUUGGUGUAUUGCUCUUUCAGGCUAGCUGACAGCAAUUCAAACUACCACCACCUUUUCAUCAACAAAAUUCGGGAGGCCGAACUAUUUUCCAGUGACGAACUGAUUGCUGCCAUGGACAAGAGGCGGGAACUGGCCAACAAGUACUACUGA